UUUUUUUUUGAAUAUAAUUAUUUUCUUUAUAAUAAUAAUAAUAAUAAUAAUAAUAAUAAUAAUAACAAUAAUAAUAAUUAUCCCCCCCACGUUACUGAAUGAGAAACUGUCGCGCCGGUGCUCUUGUCGCCUCUCGGAGCUUUGGAUCAGUGCACGAGGCGCAGCCGCCGUUCUUACCGGACUAACACCGACACCGGGAUGCUUUACCCGUAGCAGGCUCUCCGGGCUUUGCUUUGUGUUUUACUCUCGCACCUGGAGUCAGGAUAUCAGGAGUUGGGAUUGUCUUCGACACUCCUCAGGGGCGUUUCUUUUAUUGUUGUUGUUUUUUUUUUGUAUUGUACAUUUCCCCACAUUUCUGUCGCGUGAAACGGAUUUAGAGGUCAUGGGGGAGUCUCUGUGGACGUACUACUUUGGGGUGUUGGUGCUCGCGUGCAAGGUGAACGCCACCGUACUCGAAUCCAUCUACUGGAACACGACCAACACCAAGUUCGUUCACGGUCAGGGUUUAGUCCUGUACCCUCAGAUCGGCGACAAAAUGGACAUCGUGUGUCCGCGAGUGGAGGGCGGAUCCAUGGACGGAGUCGAAUACUACAAGCUCUACAUGGUUCCCCGCGAGCAGCUGGACUCGUGCACGGUGACGAAGGCCGACACGCCGCUGCUGAACUGCGUCAAACCCGACCAGGACGUCAAAUUCACUCUCAAGUUCCAGGAGUUCAGUCCUAACCUCUGGGGCCUGGAGUUCUUCAGAGGAAAAGACUACUACAUCAUCUCAACAUCGAACGGCACGAUGGAGGGCCUGGAGAACCAGGAAGGAGGAGUAUGUAAAACGAAGUCCAUGAAAAUCGUCAUGAAGGUCGGACAGAACCCAUCAGACCCUCUUCCUCCUAAAGAGUAUCCCACCAAACAUCCGCCCAAAAUCUCAGACUCGGGCAAGGAUAAAUCCAACGAAGUGCUCGACAAGCUAGGAGGUUCUCAACACGAGGGCGAGACAGGUGACGGAGGCAGUGGAGGUAAAUCAUCAUCGGUGAUCGGCUCCGAGGUGGCUCUGUUCGCCGGCGUCGCCUCAGCCUGCGUGAUUGCCGUGGCCGUCGUGGCCAUGCUGGUAGUGCUGCUGCUCAAACACCGGCGGCGCCAUGGCAAGCACUCGCCCCCUCAUACCACCACGCUGUCACUCGGCUCGCUGGCCACGCCCAAAAGAGGCGGCGGCAACAACAACGGCUCCGAGCCCAGCGACAUCAUCAUCCCGCUGAGGACAGCCGACAGCGUCUUCUGCCCACACUACGAGAAAGUGAGCGGCGAUUACGGCCACCCCGUCUACAUCGUGCAGGAGAUGCCUCCUCAGAGCCCUGCUAACAUCUACUACAAGGUGUGAGAGACUGAGGACUUAACUUUGAACUCUGACCCUGUUGCCCCCCCUCAAUGAAUCAGCCCCUCCCCGUAGAGGAGGCGGGUGACGAAGCUCGCUCUGCGCCUCUUCUCGUGGCUGUCGUAAAAAAAAAAAUUUUUUUUUAUUUUUUAUUUUCCGAAUAUUCCUUAUUAUUCUUCAAUGUAGAGAUUUUAAGCGGUGGAGUGAGGCUGCUGCUUUCAACCCCCUCACGAUUAGUAACAAAAAAGAAACACGUGCACUAAACGAUGUGUGUUUGUGAGGUGGGGGGGGUGGGGGUGUGUUUGGGGCCCGGUGAGGGGACAAACAAGGGUGACUCUCCUUACGAGGAGAAGGACAAAAGAUGAGUGACAGAAUGAAGUGACUCAAGUUAAAAAAACCCCUAAAAAUCAAGGAACCCUGACUGCGAACUGGUGCCUGUCACAGUGGGGGGGAAACUCCUCGGUUCAUUGGUCACAGAUACAGGAAGUGGACUUUGAGGAAACGGGACGCACUGUCGGACCUUAACGUGGACAUCGCCUGUUUCGCUCGCCUUCUUGGUCACCGUAUCUUUUUUUUUUGUCGUUUGUUUCCACUCUCGAAAACGUUUAUCUCCUGCAAAGUGACUCUCACAAUCGUUACUUGAAGGCUUUGCGUAUGGUCACGUGUCUUACUCGCAUUUCUCGUCGUCAUUCCCAGUAUGGCUCACGUGCAGAUUCGUUUGAUAGAUCUAGGUAUUGUCAUAGAGAUCCUGUUGUGCUGGUUAAUUCGUGCUGUUUGUACGUUGUGUGGGACACACACACACACACACACACACAUACAUACAUACGGACAUAUACACACAUAUUCACUGACAUCACACACAUUUCACUCCUGUAAUUUCGAAGCCAAGGGCUAGGGAGAGCAGAUGGGGUAAGAAAAAAAACAAGAGGUUAUUGGAAGGUAGGGCGAAGAUGUGAACACUUUAGCAGCACUUUUAAAAAAAAACCUACACCCUGGCCCAUAUAACACACACACACACACACACACACACACACAAGAGAGUGAGUUACAGUUAGUGAAAUGGUGGCAUCGGCAAUAAUUGUCCAACUGCCAUAAUUAUCACGCUCACAAAACAUUGUUCACGAAACCCUUUCUGAUGAACUGGUGCUGUCAUACUCAUGCAAAAGCACAGGGUCAUCUAGGCGCAUUGCUAUUAGUGUAAUAAUUAUGAUGAUUAUUAUUAUUGUUUACUUUUUUAAUGAAACAGAAGACUUAAUUAACAUUUUGUUAUGUUGAUGAUUUUGUUUAGUUGUACAUUAAAACGGAGGAGAUGAGAUUUAAACGUGGAAUCAAACAGAAAGAAGUAGAAAGAACUUAUUUAUGAUACACAGAGCACACAAAUCUCCAGGCAGAUAUUAAUAACUUAGCAAGCAGGCACAUUAUGCAAACGUAGAUCUUUCCCAUUUAAAAAAAAUAAAAACAACACACAAACACACACAAAAACAAAGCAUUUAUCACCCCCAUUCACACCAAUUGCGAUUGAUCCUUACACAAAUAGUUGCCUUUUUGAACCACAUAUACUACACAUACUGACGCAUAUGGCCAGGAAAGGGGCAGCUUGGGAAAGAAAACUCGAGAGAAAACAGCAUGUUGGGUUUAAAAUAGCUGAAAGGAAUGAGAAAGAAGGGCCAAAAAGAGUCUGGUGGAAAGGCGAGUCUGGCAGGAUCUUGCUUAGUGAGGACAAACUAAACUGGCUCCUCUAGCCUGGCUGUCUUGUUUGAUGAAGCUCAGAGAGCAUUGGGUUGAAAUUAGGCCUCUUAAGUGGGAAGGAGGGCAGUGGACAAGAGUUACGAAGCCAGCCAGAAGGGAAUUAGCUCAGGCUAAAAUUGUAAAUCAUAAAAAAAAAAGGGCAACUUUCGUGCUACUCCCUAGGCAUGUUGACAUUGAACACAAAAAGAGCUGCUGGCAGGCGAGGAAGUAGCCAAUUGGAGUCUGUCGCUAUACUCAUGGGACCGACUUGGUUGAAUUCCAACAAUCCUCUACGUACUCGACCCUCAGCUCUCACGAGAAACCCCUCUGGUCAGUGUAAUGGUGUGUGUGGUUGUACAUGUGAACCUUUCUAUUGAAUUAUUCGUGUAUUUCUCUCAUUCACACAUUGAUGAGGUUCACCUGCGGUGGACUUUUUGCGAUUUCGGUAACUCGACGUAAGCGGAGAUUAGGCCGUGGGUCUCCACGGUCAUGUAUUAAUUGUUCAUAUUUUUCAUUUCCAUCUGUUUCAUGGAGAUUGUCGAAUCUCGCCAAGAAGCCAAGCCUUGUGGGAUCUGAGGUUUGUGCCUCUGUAAGAGGCCGCAAAAAUAAGCAAAUAUGCAAUUUUUAUUUAUUUUUGUAACAAUUGAGAGACAAAAUGAAAUGCUUACACCUAUGGAAAAGUGUUCUUAUCCACUGAAAUGAGUGAAAUUAAACAAAAACAAUACAACAUAAACAAAACAACACAAUCCUGUUGUGUUUCCUUUUUUUUCCCCCCUGAAAUAGUCUUCUUUUUAUAAAGCAGUUUAGUGAGGUUUUUUUUUUAGUUUUAGUUUUUGUUUACUUUGUGCAGUAGAUAUGAGGUAAACUGUGAAAACACAUUCACAAAGUUGAGCAGAUGCUUUGAAACUCGUAUUACAGAACACACGCCCAUGCCAGUGUUUGGUUGCUGUCUGAUAUGGAACUUUAAAAAAAAAAAAAAAAAAAAAAAAAAAAAAAAAAAAAAAAAAGAAUGACAAUCUUCUUAGUUUCUUUGAAUCUGAAGGCCGCUCUUUACUAAGCAACUCACAAACAUUCUUCUGAAACUGUAACGAGAGGAACGAGAUUCGCCCGGCUUUGGUGCGUUUGGAAGCUCGGAUGUCUGUGAAAUGCAGAGUGAAGCGUCUUCAGGCUACUGUAAAAUGCCUUGUGCGUUUUGUCAUCCCGAGUUCAGAUGACUCAGUAAUUUUUUUUGCACCGUACACCUGUAGGUAAGAAAGCUGUAAAUACAUUCAUGUUUGUAUUGUAUAUGGAUCCCUGGUUCGAACAAUAGCCUUAUUCACAUGUUGUUUUUUUUUUUUUUUUAGAAAAUAAAAGGACAGGGGUUAAAAACGACACAGUAAAAACACUACUUUUUUUGGUAAAUAGAUUGUGUAAAUAUCAACAACAGACCCAACGUAACAUUUUUUUAAAUAAACGCAUAGUAAGAUGUUUUGUAUAAAAUUGGAAUUUUUUGCUAUGUAUUUUAGCUAGCGCUCGUCUCAAGUCCUUGGCCGUUCCCUAACGCCCCGCUCCUUUUGCACUGUUUCCAUGGUAAUUUGGUUUUAUUAAAAAAAAAUUUAAAAGAAAAAAGAACAAAAUGAAAGGAGAGUUGCCAAACCGACUGCUGCAUAUUUGUGCCAUACAUGUGUACCAUAGAUAUUUAUUUAAUUAGUUCUUUGUUUUUGUUUGUAUUUGACUUCAUUUCUGUCCAGUUUGUACGCAAAUUCAGUAUUACAAUUGGGUAUGUUUUUCCUCGCACUUCCCAUUUGUCCGUCUGUCGCUGUGGUUUUCCCAGUGGCUGUAGCUCCGCCUCCUUCCCUCCCCUUCCUUUCCUUCCCCAUCCCUUCCAGUGAGAUCUGGUCAGGCCGUGAAACAGUUCAAAAUGACACACACAUUCCACCAGUCUGUUACAAACUGAAAAUGCUUUUCAAUAAAAUGUUUUUCCUAUGGAACUUCCUAGUUGAUCUCGCUUUCUUUUUCCGACAAUGUCCACUAUAAGUAAAAUCACUUCUUUAUGAGAUAAAUAAUAUUUUCUACACCAGGGGUUCUGUAACAUUUUUGCAGCUAGGGAGUGUAAAAUAAUGUUUGCGUUGUUCGCAACACAACUUGUUUUUGGGUUAUUGAAGUUUGGAUUAAAUAAUGCAACUCCAGCGAGCAGUCAAAUAGGUUUAUAAUGUUAAGAACUCAAUCAUAAAUAUAAUAACUUUGAUAAUGCUGGGUUGUGGUUUACACUGCUGAAAUGAAAUAAAAAGAAAUCAUGGACCCCCGCCUGCCCCACACUCCCAAUUGUGCUUUAUAUUCCCUACUUUUUAAAUACAGUUACCAUAACUUCAGAGGUUUUCAUACUCAUAGAACAAAAAGAAAAGAGAAAAUUGAAAAGAUAGAAAUUCAAGGAAAUGAAAAGGAUACAUUAAAUUCAUUAUCAAUAAAAACGAAAAAAAAAAAAACAACAACAACAACAAAAAAACAAGGCAGUCGAAGAUAUUAAUAGUAAUGGGAUAGGGGGGAAACUUUUUCCUCUUGCGCUGUUUUACUUUCACUUUUUUUUUUUUACAUUUGCCUCCAGCCUCUUUUCAUAUCAGCUUUUGAAUCUUCUCAGCUUUGUAUCCAAGAGCUGUUUUGGAUUAUUGUCUUUUUACAAGAUACACCCACAAUUCCUUUUAACAUCUUGCUAUUUUACAGCGUGUCCCAAAAGUCUCCGUACUACAUAGAGGACUGUUUGCCAGCACCAUGUUGGUUCGUCAGUGGAUGUUGAUGGACGUCCGCUUCUCGGUUGGUCCGCAACACUUCCAGGCUUUUUGAAUUUGUUAAUAAGUUUGGCAGCAGUGUCGUGUGUGUGUGAUGUGCUCGCCAUGUUUCCUGUUAACGUUCAUCGCAGACUUGCGACAGCUUCCUGAUCCAGCCAUGAGAAUUUCAAUACACUCUUCUUUUGACAAAAGUGUUCUUAACCUUAACCGUGUGUG